UCCGUCCUCUAUUAACUCACUCCCCCUUCUCCCCCCCUCCUUGCAACCAUCGGUCGGAGCAAGCCAAGCCAAGCAACUGCCUGACCAGCUUGUUUAGUUCACCCCCAAUGUGCCCCAGAGCGCACGGCGGCGCCGCGAUGGUGAGAGCGAGAGCGAGCAGUGAUGCGAGCGCGCACUCGUUUGCGGAGGAGGAGUACAUCGACCUGGAUCUCAGCUCGUGCGGGGAGUACGAGUUCCGGGUGUGCCGGAGCAAACCGGCGCCGCCCUGCCCUUGCCCGGACGAGCUGGUCCGGCGGGCCAGGCAGCACAAGGUCGCGCAGAGGCCGGGGGGCAAGCUGCUGCUUGAUGCGGACGCCGGCGCCACGGGCGGCUGCGGCAGGAGGGGCACCGCCACGGUCGCGCCAUUGCAGCACUCGUCGCAUGCGGAGGGCUCCUCGCACGCGGAGGGCUCCGGCCGGCGCAGGAAGCCCGGCAAGGCCAUGCAGGCGAGGCUGCAGGCCUCGCGGGCCUUCCUCCGGUCCCUGUUCGCCAGGACCUGGUGCUCCGACGACCGGUGCCGCGGCGUUCGGUCCGGGAGCAGCAGGGCCGCGCAUGACAAGGGGAGCGUCGGUGAUGGCGGCAAGCCGGCAUUUGGGCAAAGCAAGAGCAGCUACGUCAGCAGCGCAGCCCCGACGACGCUGAGGAGCAGCAUUGAGCGGGAGAAGCUCAUGGACGAGGAGGAGCACGCGGCCAGCGUCCGGCAACGCAAGUCCUUCUCCGGCGUGAUCAAGUGGCGGCCGGCGCCAUCGUCGGCGAGGAGGAACUCGUGUGGGAGCGCUCCGACCCUCAAGAGGAGCAGCAGCUGCCGGUCGGAGUCGGAGGGGCUCGUCCAGGGCGCCAUCGCCUACUGCAAGCGGUCGCAGCAGCAGCGCGUGCUCCUCGCCAGGAAGAGCGUCAGCGACGCCGCCCUCUGCUCCUUCCGUGCCCCCUCCUAGUCCUCCUCUUCCUGUAGCCCAAUUCCCCAGCUGUGUAGUAGUACUACGUGUGCAUGAAAAAUGGUUCAUCAUAUAAUGAUAAUAAUAAUGUGAAGUGUCUCUUUCGUUCCA